GUCAAAUCACAAAUGAUGCUUCAAAAUAGUUUUUUUUUAGUACAAAAAAAACUUAAUUAUCAAUAAAUGUAUAAUAAUAAAGUUAUAUAAUAUAACAAGUCAAAACUAAAACAAUGAUUAUUAAUUACAAAGUAAUCAGUAAAUUAAAGGGAUUAAGUUAUUAUCUAAAUCAAAUUCGAAAUUUGACAUGUAAUAGUGCUGUAUAUUCAGCAGACCAGGUCUUAACAGGGGAAUUAGAUAGAUUUAAUGGUAUUACAGUAGAUUCUACUAAGUUUAAUUGUGCAAAAGAUAACUUUAAUGACACUCUACAAAAAUCUUUAAAACAAUGGACUGAAGAACAACGGAAAUGUAUAUGGUUCAAGAUCCAUAUAAUGCAUGCAGACUAUGUCCCAUUACUAGCACAAAAAGGUUUUAAUUUUCAUCAUGCCAGAGAUGAAUACCUCAUGAUGUACAAAUGGUUGCCGGCUGAUAUUCAACCAAAUCUACCACCAGCUUGUCACACAAACCUCGGUGUGGGGGCGCUUGUACUCAAUGAUAGAGAUCAGCUCCUGGCUGUCUCUGAAAAGAAUUAUAAUUACCCCCAUUGGAAAUUACCUGGUGGAUAUGUCGAAAGAGGCGAGGACAUAACCCAUGCAGCCAAACGAGAGGUUUUCGAAGAGACCGGUGUCAAAUCAGAGUUUGAAUCUUUGAUAACAUUCAGACACACUCACAACAUGAUGUACGGAAACUCGGAUAUAUACAUGCUGUUGAUGAUGAAGGCACUUUCACAGGAUAUUAUACUAUCACAGAGGGAGGUUAACGCAUGCAAGUGGAUGGACGUAGCGGAGUACACGACGCACCCUCACGUACAUGACCUCAAUAAAUAUAUUGUUAAAGAAGCUUUGAGAUAUAAAAAGGAGAACGUGGCAUUGGACAUCCAUAAAAAGACCAUGGUGUCACCGCUUGGAGUACGCGAAAUUAAUCUAAUGUUAUUAAAAAAUGGUAGAGGAAAAUAAAACUAUGUAUUGUUUUGUUAUAAAAAUAUGUUAUUUUUGUAUUUGACGUUUGAUUGACGUCUAUCUUUACGAUAAUCUUUUGGUGAAAUUAUAUAUUUUUUGUUUUA